CGUGAUCGGAAACCAGCUGAUCUGUGAGGCGAACAAGAUCACGACCACUGGAAGCAGAAGUAAACCGAAGACUGUAAUCAUCGACCAAACGACGGAAAGAUGUCUGGAAAAGACAGGAUCGACAUAUUCCCCUCCAGAAUGGCUCAGACCAUCAUGAAGGCUCGGCUGAAAGGAGCACAGACUGGCCGCAACCUGCUCAAGAAAAAAUCUGAUGCCCUCUCCAUGCGCUUCCGUCAGAUCCUGCGCAAAAUUAUUGAAACCAAGACUAAGAUGGGGGAGGUGAUGAGAGAGGCAGCUUUCUCUUUGGCUGAAGCUAAAUUUACAGCUGGAGACUUCAGCACAACUGUAAUCCAGAAUGUAAACAAAGCUCAGGUGAAGGUCCGAGCCAAGAAAGAUAACGUGGCAGGGGUCACUCUGCCAGUCUUUGAACACUACCAAGAGGGGGGGGACAGUUAUGAGCUAACAGGUCUGGCCAGAGGAGGAGAGCAGCUCUCCAGGCUGAAGAGGAACUAUGCCAGAGCUGUUGAGCUACUGGUGGAGUUGGCCUCCUUACAGACAUCUUUUGUCACUCUGGAUGAAGCCAUAAAGAUCACCAACCGCCGUGUGAAUGCUAUUGAGCAUGUGAUUAUUCCCCGGAUUGAUCGCACACUCACCUACAUCAUCACAGAGCUGGAUGAGAGAGAACGCGAGGAGUUCUACAGACUAAAGAAGAUCCAAGAGAAGAAGAAGCAGCUCAGGGAAAAGACAGAACUUGAGAUUGCUGCCCGCCUGGCUCAGCUGGGUCCCAUUGCAGAACCCGCCAACAUGCUGACAGAGGAGACAGAUGAAGACCUGCUGUUUGAGUGAAGUGCUCUACAAGCUGACAGUCACUCACUUCACACAUUAUCCUAUUUAUUCUGUGCCUCUCUGGCCAUGUCUAUGUCCUCCUAUGUAAGUGAUGAAAGUUUUUGUGUCUGUCUGUGAUGAUUUGUGCUGGAAGGUAUGGGUGUUUACACCUCUGUCUCUGUACAGGCAACAAGCAAACACUUUGCUGUUACCCACAAUGGAAAUAGUAUAAAGAAAUUAAGCAAACAAUAUUAAGAAAAUAACUAUUUACACAUGGUUUGAAAGUGAAAUUAAAAAUCAUUCCGUGUGACCGAUCACCUUGUAGAUAUUAAGGAUUUUGUGCAACAUUUCGAGUCACUGCAUGCUGUAUAGCUUAAUGUUGUUGUAUAUUUCAAAGACUGUGGGAGUCUAUUGUGGAGGUCUUCAUCGCUGCUGACCUCAUGUCAUGGGGUUACUGUUACCUCAUUGGAGGAUGUUUACCAUGACACAAGAAUCCCCAGUGAAUCCUCCUGUAAAAUGUGGUGUGUAAGUCAACAAAGCCCAAAACAUCAUCUCAAUAAAGAUGUUCUAAAUAUUAAA